CGGUUCGCCCAAAAACACAUAUUUUUUUAAGAGUUGUGAAAUUGGAACAAGAUAUAGAUGAACUUAAAAAAGAAUUGGAAUCAAAGAAAAAUCGUAAAUUUCAGGAGAAAUGUAUUCUAAUUGCUCAAGUAUUGCUUGGAGAGGAACCCAUUGUUGAAUACCGACCAUCUUUUAUGAGGGGAUUAGAACUUGAUGCUUUCUUCCGACAUCAUCGAAUGGCAUUAGAAGUGCAAGGGGCACAACAUCGGCUUCAUAAUACUAGCUGGUAUAAAGAUGUCAAAAAACUCGAAGAUAUUGUUGAUCGUGAUCGGAAAAAAAGAACCUUAUGUCAGCUUAAUGGAAUUUAUCUUCUUGAAGUAUGGUAUGACGAGAAUCCGGAAAUUACGAUUCCUCAGAAGAUAUAUAAAUUUAAAGAGUGUAUUGAUCGAAAAGACUUUAACCUUGAUUAAUCUUUACGUGGCUUAUACAACGACUUAACAUCAUGUGGCUAGUACCUGUUUGCAUGUGGCUUAUAUAAUAAAAUUAUGUUUUCAAAAAAG